GUGUAAGAAUACGCGUUAUAGGCCACGUAGGAAAAUCGUUAUGGAAACGUUAGUAAAAGGUCCUGUGAGUGAAAUACCAAAUAAACAAUUUGGGGAAUAUAUUUUUGAAAAACUUUCUUUACAAACAUCUCAAAAGAAAAACUUGGUAAACGCUGAAAGCGAUGAUGCUAUUUCAGUGGACGAUUUUCAAUCGAAAUGUAUCAAUACAGCAAUUUCUUUGAAACGCUACAUUAGUAAUGAUGACACAAUAGCUUGUAUUUGCGAAAAUGAAUUUUUAAGUGUUGUUCCAAUCAUUGCUUCGUUAUAUUUGGGAAGUACUAUCGCUUUGGUGAAUCCAGGUUACAAAACAAGAGAAUUACUUCACAAUUUCUCAUUACACAAACCGAAACUUGUGUUUUGUAAAAGUUCUAUUUUACAAUCAGUCCUUGAUGUUCAAAAAGAAUUACCAUUCGUGGAAACUAUUAUCCUUAUGGACGAUGAUAACCAAAAUGGAUUUAUUACCAUACACGAUUUAAUGAAAGAAAACACUGAUUUCGAUCAGUUUAAACCUGUAAAAAUCGACCAAUCUAAAGGAGCUGUAAUUUUGUCAUCCUCCGGAACAAGUGGGUUACCUAAAGGGGUUAUAAUAUCUUACUCAAAUCUAUUAGCAGCUGUACCAUACAUUCAACAAACUAAUUACGUAGGAAUGUCUGUGGAUGUAACAUUUCUGGUUCUGGUGCCUUUAUUUCACAUAUUUGGUCUUUAUGUUACUUUGUAUGGUGCUAUAUUUGGCAGCAAACUUGUGUUUUUAAAAACGUUUCGGCCAGAAAUUUUUUUGCAAACAAUCGAAACCCAUAAAGUUAAUAAGCUGACAAUUGUACCACCCUUAGCAAUAUUUAUGGCUAAAAGUCCACUAGUGGAAAAAUACAAUUUAUCCAGCCUUGAGGAUGUUUUAUGUGGUGCUGCUCCAUUAACAGAAUCGGUUUCGAAUUUAUUACAGUCCAGACUAAAUAUAAAGGUGAGGCAAUUAUAUGGAUUAACUGAAACCGGUUGUGUAGCAAUGACUACAAAAAAUUCUCAGCACGCACCUAAUGCUAUCGGAAAUUUAAUUCCAAAUAUCUCGGUUAUAAUAAAAGAUACAGAUACUAAAGAGAUUUUACCAACAUCUUGUAAAGGAGAAAUUUGUGUAAAAGGGACAACAAUAUUUAAAACAUACAUUAAUAAUCCGGAGGAAACAGAAAAUUCCUUCGAUGAAAAUGGGUAUUUCCUAACCGGAGAUGUUGGUUACUUUGAUAAAGAUGGUAAACUUUACGUUGUGGAUAGAUUAAAAGAAUUAAUUAAGUGCAAAGGAUUCCAAGUAGCACCUGCUGAAUUAGAAGGACUUUUACUAACUCAUUCAGCUGUUAAAGAUGUUGCCGUUAUUGGUGUUCCAGAUGAAAGAGCUGGUGAAUUUCCAUGUGCUGUGGUUGUUAAACAACCAGGAGCUAAUGUGACAGGAGAAGAACUAGUUGAUUUCUUAAAAGGAAAAGUGGCUCCUUACAAGGAACUAAAUGGAGGAGUUUACUUCGUGGAUGACAUUCCAAAAAACGCAAAUGGAAAAAUAAUGAAACGAGAAAUCAGAAAAUAUAUUAAUAGAUCGCACGUGAGUUUAUUAUUAGAAAAGAUAGAUCGAUGUUUCAUUAAAAAUGAAUUGUAUAAACUGAUAAUGAUGGUCUAUGGCCCAAAAGUUCCAUUAAUUAAAGAAUCGCUUGGUUUAUACAUUUUUAAUAGAUUAAAAGGAUUUAAUCCAUCUGAUAUACUGGUGGUGAAUGCAGAUACAAACGAAGGAUUCACUGUAAAGGACGUUUUAAACAAGUCAAUCAAAUUAGCUCUAACUUUACGUAAAUACAUUAAAAAAGGAGAUGUUAUAGCGCUUCUUUGCGAAAAUGACAACUUGGUUAUAUUUCCCUUAUUAGCAUCGAUGUUUUUGGGAACAACCAUAGCUUUUGUUAAUCCAGUUUAUAAUUCGCGUGAAUUAAGUCAUUCUCUUAUAAACAUAAAUCCAAAAUUUGUUUUUUGUUCUCAAAUCGCUGUAAAUAAUUUCAUGGAAAUUAAAAAUGAAUUAGGAGAUAUACAAGAAGUUAUUUUAAUGGAGAGGGAAUCAUCGGGUGGUCUUCGGAUUUUGUAUGAUUUCAUAAACAAUUGUAAUGAUUUUGAAAUAGAAAGCUUUAAACCGAUUGAUGUAAACACUGACGAUGAUACAGCAAUGAUUUUAUCUUCUUCUGGAACAUCAGGUGUGCCAAAAGGAGUUAAAGUUUCUUAUAAAAACGUAUAUUCUCAUAUUCCUCAUUUUAUGAGUAAAGAUAUCAUUUUAUUACAACCGGGAGAUUCAACAAUAAUCUUAGCCCCAGUUUUUCAUAUUUUCGGUCUUUACGUAACAAUAACCUCUAUAAUUCUAGAAGCGAAAGCAGUUUUUAUAAAACGUUUCAAACCAGAUUUGUUUUUAACAACUUUACAGAACUACAAAGUAUCCACAUUAUUUGUAGUUCCUCCUUUGGCAAUAUUUUUAGCUAAAAAUCCUCUUGUUUUAAAAUACGAUUUAUUAAGCUUGAAAGAUAUUAUAUGCGGUGCAGCACCGCUUACUCACGAUGUUUUGGAUAUGGUCAAACAAAGAUUAGGAAUAAAAGUAAGACAAAUAUACGGUUUAACAGAAACUGGAAUUGUGACUUGCGUUCCUCCUGGAACAACUUCAAAACCCGAUAGUUCCGGUCGAGUUGGGCCCAACACCCAAGUUGUAAUUAAAGAUAUUGAGAGUAGAGAUAUUCUCCCAGCUAAUCAACGAGGUGAAAUUUGUAUUAAAGGGCCUAAUGUAACAAAUGGUUAUUUUUGUAAUGAUGAAGCUAAUCAUAAAGCUUUUGAUUCGGAUGGUUAUUUUCUUACUGGUGAUGUUGGUUAUUUUGAUGAUGAUGGUUUUCUAUUUAUUGUUGAUAGAAUUAAGGAGUUAAUAAAAUAUAAAGGAUUUCAAGUCGCUCCAGCUGAGCUUGAAGGAAUUCUUUUAAAACACAAAGCAGUUAAAGAUGUAGCCGUUGUUGGUAAACCCGAUGAUAACGCUGGAGAAUUACCAACAGCUUUUGUUGUGAGGCGAGAAAGUGUUAAUGUUACUCCAGAUGAGCUUGCAAAAUUUGUUGCUGCACAAGUUUCAACUUAUAAGCAAUUAUCAGGAGGAGUUCAAUUUAUAGAUGAAAUACCAAAAAAUCCGGGAGGAAAGAUCUUAAAAAAAGAUUUAAAAGAACUGUUAUUAUAAAAACGUAAAAUAUACUGACAUCAUAUAUUCGUAAAAAAAAGAAUUUUUGUUAUUUAAGGAGCUAGGUCAACCCAUAUUAGAUAACUUAUCGCUUAUCGUUGUUGUAUAUAAAGCGUUAUAAAUCGAA